AUUUAGUUUUUCAGAGCCGCGUUGUGGUACCGAUGACAGGUGCGGCGGUGAGCCACUCACCCGCCUUCGUCGAGUGGGUGUGCUUGUAUCUCGCCCGACACUCACCGAGGCCGAUCUGCCUCCCCAGCCGCUCGUCGUGCGCAGCCGCCUUCGGCGACGAUGUCCAUCAAAUGGCCUCCAGGUGGGGGAGGGCAGAACAAUCCUCCAGCCAGGCAUCACAACCAGAAUCUGUUGCCCGAUGGCUGCCAACGUCAACAGGCAGGUGAACUUCAACUAUGGAAAAGACGGUUCCGAAUCAGCAAGGACGUUAUCAGGCUUGGACAGAGAUUGCUUCAUGCAUACCAGUUUCAUAGCUUAGAUAGAUUUCUUCCCGCUGAGUGCCUAUGCCAAAACCUCCUGCAAACGGAAAUUCAAUGGAGAAAAAAGGCAAUUUACACUUAUGGAAGUACCUGAUCCGAAACUAUGUGUCUUAUGUCACCUAAUGAGUCCCUUAGAGCCGAUAGACCCUGUAUUAGAGUCACCUCUGGUUCAACCUCUAUUCAAGCAACGGAUUACUGCGGGCGAACUGGUGAACGAGGUGGCCCAAGCAAAGACUGCAGUUACUGGGAUGUUGCUUGCCAAUAUGGAGAGAAACGCUGAAUUUCCUUUCAUAACUUACUACGUGAUAAAUACAUCUCAAACAAAUCCUGUGAUGUUUUAUAACAACUUGCGCACUGCCAGCUUGACGAAGUUCGAUCCUAGGACAACCAGGUAUACAGCGGCACAUACACUUGACUUGUACACAGAAGUAGCUUCGAUAUGUCGGCCGCCGAUUCACGAAAUUGGCAUGUCCUUAGCCAAAACGCAUACUUCGGCCACUGGUUACAUGGUUUCCGUCUACAAAGUUUUCGAAGGAGACGACAGAGAAAAAUUCGAAAGAAAUUGGUUAUAUUGGACUGGUGCAAGGAUGAUCUACAGGUACCUCCCUUCAGCGGCUGGCCUAAGGCGGAUAUCCCUUCACAAGUCCCUAAGUCCUAAAGGCGACAAAAUGUACAUCCUCUUGUGCGAAUGUGCAAACCUUCUCAAUGACGUCACAGUAUGCGCUUUACUCCUACCGGCCUUACGAGCUAGACUUACAGGAUACACCGGAAUUUUCAGACCUCUACAGACUUUUUGAAAGUACUUAACGUAUAGUAUAUAAGCGUUAUUUCGACUAACUGAUGUGAUCUUUUGUAUAUAAAACUUGAUGGCUGUUGUUAAAAUAUACUAUACAGUAUGUUACCUCUAAUAUUCGAGCAUAUGGCAAAUGGCAACACUGUAAAAAGGUCAACGUGGUGACCGAAACGUCAGUAGAGGGUAAUUUCUACACAAGUGGUUUCAUUUGGCUAAGGAAACAGUUCUAGCAGCAUAAAAAGCUCAGGAUAAGUUUUAAAAGUUACAUUAAGCUUUUUAAUAUAUUAACUCAUCAAUUAUUGUGAUAUUAUUAUUGAACACCCAGAUUAUAGAUUUAUACGCAAUAUGAUGGUGGAAUUGUAUGAUAUUUGUGGUAAAAUACUGUAUGAGGGAAAAUGUUUAGUUGCUAUGUAAAACCAUGAUGUUUAGGCUAUAAAUACAGGCAAUAAUUUUAUUUAUAGAUCAUAUCCUUUAUGAUGAUCAAAAAUAUCGUUAAAUCUUAGGGGACCACAAGUGUCUUUAAUUUAUUGAAUGGUAUAUAUAUCAUACAUAUUACGAUUCGCAAGUCAUAGAAGACCAAUAUUCCUAUGAAACAUAUUAAACAAAUAAUUUUGGAAAUUUUGGUACCUAAAUAUACAGUGUGUUGAUCUAUGGAAUGCUUUCUUGGGGGAUUCUAAGAAAAAAAGUUUAUUAAAUCAUAGAACCGGUAAUGCUUCGUUUUCGAUAUACAGGAUGACAGCCUUUUUUAAAAAUCCGUUUUUUUCGAAAUUGCUGAUUUAGUUGUUUUGUUGAAAUUAAAUGCCUACAGACAUUUACCGCCGAUAAUUCAACUAAAGUCACUAGAGAAACAAUUGCCACAUGGCCAUGUAUAUCACCGGAUUUUGACACCGUUAAAUGCUUCCGUUAUGUUUUAUUGGCGCCGAUACGAUUGUACCUACUAAAUUUCAACAAAGCGUAAGAACUUGGCGAAAAGGUUAUUACAAUUUAUACAAAAAAGGACUUGAAACGUUCGGUACACUGUACUCAGACUUUAUUAGCACCCUGUAUAUUUUCCAAGAAUGUUUAUUUGAAAAACGAUAUAUCCGAACCUGUUACAAUUGAUUAUUGUACUCUGAAAUUGUCACGUUAGAAUAUUUUUACCAAUUAAAAGAGAGGAAAAAUACAUAUCCUAAUUUUUUUAUUUACAAUAUCAAUGAUUAAUAAUCAUAUUUUUCUAGUGUACCUUAAAGAAGUAACGACGACUAUAUCAACUAUAAAAUAGUUUACCAGAAAAUGGUUUCUAAUAGUAUAGAAAUUUUUGAAAAAUUACCGGGUAUUUAUUCGUUUAUCUAGGUCUCUUGAAGCAACAAUAUCAUUAUAGCAAUAUUCGUUAUACAUACGGUUUUAAAAAUGAGUUACUAUUAGGUAAUAUAAUAACUAAUAUAUCUAAUAUAUUUAAGCGUUCUGUACAUAAGAUGUUUAUCGAUGUACAUAUGUAUACUAAGGUGUUAUAUUUUUCGACCAAAGCUUAUAUGAACUUUGCUUCAUUGUAAGGCUACUGUAGCAAACUUUUAACAAUCAUAAUUUGUCACAUGUUUUGUAACAUUUCACUGGAUUAUGACGCACACAUUUGAAUAAACUUUUUAGGCAGCAAUUGAUCACUUAAA